AUGGAUGACGACGAGGGGUACCUCGCUGAUGAAUCCAGUGUUGGCAAAGAGGACGCCAUGGGUUCAGUCUGUCUAACUUUACAUCUCACUCGGUGUGUUGCUCAAGACAUUCGAUCUUUAGUACCUCUGAUCAUCGUAUCACAAUUCCCACCCGAGCUCGAGCUCCUUACCCAUAAGCCGUUCGACUCUCCUUAUAGCCACUACAGACUCACACCAUGA